CUGGUGUUUUUUAUUUUUAGCCCAGAUCGGGUUUCUAGCUCCCCAUUCUGCGAAGGGAAGCGUUCAGCAACACAUCUCUCUGUGACGUGAAGUGGUUGGCGCAGGCAUAAACUCAGAUUCUCGUUGAGUCGUUGGCACCAUGGAACUGGAGCUGUCCAAGUGUUUAUAAUGGGAUGUAAUUACCACGAAGCGCAAAAAUGUAAACCAAAGAGGGAAUUCUGAAAAUGCUAAGUAAUUGCGACCAGUAUUGGCUAUUCUCCGGGAUAAUUGUCUUGUGAAAUAGGCUGAUAAACUGAAGCUCGAGUGAAACUAAUAAACACCUGUGAGAGGAGCAGCUUCUACCAGCAACAUUAUUCAGCCCCGUAGCCCACCUGGCCCUGAAGUAUCAAUUAUGAUGUAGACAAACUGUAGACUGAGCAGUCUAUUUCUUCAAAAACGUUUAUCACAAGUUUUUGAGUCUUCUUCCAGAACAAGGUAACCUGUCCUUCGCCCAGGCGCCUGCAGCCGCGAAUUAUUCGACUUUAUGGAUAAAGUAUCUCUCAGCUCCGCCCGAAAUUAAUCAGUUACAGCUCAGAGAGACUAGCCGAUAGCAGCAUACACAUGCAAUCGUUGCAGCAAUGGUGGGCCAGUGUGACCUACCUCAUAAAGCCCCCUGCUACAGCCGGACAUAGAUCGUUAUCUCUCUCACUGCAAGUUCAACUGUGAAACUGCACGCCCUGUGAACUUGGCUCAAGGUAAAAGGGAGAGCAGGCGCAUCGAAGGAGAGACGGGGACAUCGGACAGAGGGAGAGUUGCAGAAGAAGAGGAGGAAGUGAGGAACAAAACUACAGACUGACAAAAAGAUGCAAAGAAGCCCUAUGCACAGAGCAUGAGAUGGAGAGUUGGAAAAGAGAAGACUGCAUUGUAUUAAAUUAAAUGAGGGCCCCACCCUGGCUGCAACAUUAUUGACUAAAAUUAGCGGGUGAAGCUAAACGGCUGUAACCUAGUGUCAUGCCCUACAUUACAAUGGAGAAUAAAACCUGCCUUCCAUAAUGGGAUCUUUCAUACUGCACCAUCUGGAUGUCACUGGAAACAUGAGGUACAUUCACAAAUGUUAGCCUAGCUGGUCUAGGACCAGUCCACAAUUGAUUUGUACCAAAAAGCUGUGAUCGGAUCUCAGACCGACUUCCUCAACAUCCUGACUUGGUGUCUGCAUCAUUCAUCUGGGUGUUUUGAAGUAAAACAAUUGGUCUGAAGAAGCUCUGAGAAUGAUGACCAUGUCAGUGCUGGCCACCACCGGACCAGAAAGCAGCGGCUCCAUGACGCAGCUCGUCCCCAUCCCCACGCUGAACAUCCUCCCCCCGUCCUCAGACACCGAUGCCUGGUCUCGCUCUCCCAGCCCCCGGCCUCCCCGCCGCCACCGGUGCUCCCGCCCUCACCGGAGCAGAGCCUGGACCAAGAAGAGGAGCGAUGGAGAACAAGAGGAGUCACUCAAACCCCGGUGGGACGGCACUGAGGAGGAGGGGAGGUUAAAGGGGAGCGCUGCUCAAAGAAGCCACUCACUUCUCCCUUCACCCCUCUUGCCACCCCACGUGGAGGACGUGGUCCUGGGCCCUUCCUCGGACCUCUUGCUACCCCCGUCGUCUCGCACCUCCUGGUCACGUAGCUCGUCUCCCGGCCGGCGUUCACGCUGGUCCCUCAGGAGUCUGCUCAGCAGGGAGUCUGACGGGGACAGCUGCAGUACUGCCAGUAACUCUCCACGCAGCACCCCUGGCAGCUCCCCCUCUCUGCGCCGCCGGGUGCUGGGGGUUAGUGGUGGUGGUGGAAGCAGGACCAGCGACGCGGAGGGUGGCCCGGGGGAGCGCAGCGGGGAAAGGAGGGGUUCGGACAGCCCCCUGCUCUCCGCCUCCGCUUACCCAAUCGCCUCGCGCCAUUUCAGCCGCAAUGCCAAGAAAAUGCAGAGCUGGUACAAUGUUCUCAGUCCCACUUAUAAACAGCGCAAUGAGGAUUUCCGUAAACUCUUCAAGAAGCUGCCAGACACGGAACGCCUCAUAGUGGACUACUCAUGUGCGCUGCAGAAAGACAUCCUACUCCAGGGGAGACUCUAUCUGUCAGAGAACUGGCUCUGCUUCUAUAGCAAUAUCUUCCGCUGGGAAACCACUAUCACAAUCCUGCUGAAAGAUGUGACCACCCUGACCAAGGAGAAGACUGCCAAGGUCAUCCCCAACGCCAUUCAGAUCAGCACUGACCACGACAAGCACUUCUUCACGUCUUUCGGGGCGAGGGACCGCAGCUACAUGAUGAUGUUCAGACUGUGGCAGAACGCACUGAUGGACAAGCCUCUGUCCCCAAAGGAGCUGUGGCACAUCGUCCAUCAGUGUUACGGCACUGAGCUGGGCCUCACCAGUGAAGACGAUGACUAUGUCCCCACCGACGAGCACAUUAACGGUCUACUGCCAGUGGAUGAGUCAGUCUCUGUCUCUGACCUGUUGGACCUCAGCUCCUUGGGGGCCAUAGCUUCUCUGGGUAGCUCGCCCCCCUCCUCCAUGGCAGCCUUGUUCCCCAGUGGCCCCCUCCUAGCCAGUGGUGGUCUGGGCUCAUCUCCCCCCUCCUCAUCCACCUGUCUGCCCAUAGACAUCCCCGGCAGAACCUCCCUGGACCCCCCGGACCCCAGCCCGCCCAGCUCCCAGAUCUCCCUGCCCUCCACCACACACUCCACACACACCGCCUCCUUGUCUGCCCCCGCCUCGGCUGCUGCCUCUUUCUAUGUGGAGGAGGGCGGGGACAGUUUGUUGGAGUCGGCCAAUCAUAUGGUGCCCCUGUCUGCCACCAGCCUGGGAAACCUCUCCUCAUUGGACCAGCUCACCAACGACGACGAGCUGCCCACUGACCCCAGCAACUCCUCAGACACACAGGAAGAGGACGAGGUGGAGUCGUUCUGUGCGGACCUGGCUGGCCGGCUGCACAUCAACAUGGUGGUGCGCAUGAGCGUGGACAAGUUGCACGACCUGCUCUUCUCCGCAGACACACACUUCAUCCAGCAUCUCUUCUCCCAGCGCCACUUCACAGACCUGUCAGUUCGUGAGUGGCAGCAGGACGGCAGCAGUGGGAACACCAACCGGAUCCUGAGUUACACCAUCGCCAUCAACAACCCCCUGGGCCCCAAGACCGCCCCCGUAGUGGAGACGCAGACGCUGUAUAAGAACAGUGCCCCGGGCGAGUGUUACGUGGUGGACUCGGAGGUGAUUACCUCGGGCAUCCCCUACCAGGACUACUUCUACACCGUGCACCGCUACUGCCUCACCUCCAUCAACAAGAACAAGAGCAGACUCCGGGUGUCGUCAGAUAUCUGCUACAAGAAGCAGCCGUGGAGCCUGGUGAAGGCGCUUAUCGAGAAGAACACCUGGAGCGGCAUCGAGGAGUACUACAGACACAUGGAGAGUGAGGUGUGUAAGCUGGAGACCCUGCUCCAGUCUGAGGUGUCAGUGGUGACCUCUGGGGAUGUGGUGGGGGCAGACUCUGCCAAGACACCCCCGGCCCUGCGGCGCCGCAAACGCACCUGCUCCCGGCGUCCGGGGGACCGGGAGAGAGAGGGAGGGGCCACGGGAGGUGGAGAGCGUGGGGACCGAGGGAUGGGAGAGGAGCGGAGAGAGGCGGGUGGUCAGUACAAGCACGGAGAGCGGUGGCGUGGUGGAGGCAGCAGCAUCUCUACCAUACUGCUCAUAGUCAGCUUCAUUCUGGUGGUGUUGGUGGCCCUCAACAUGCUCUUGUUUUACAAGUUGUAUUCUCUGGAGAGAGCUGCACACACACUGGAGACGUGGCACUCCUUCUCUCUGUCUGACAGUCCUCUACCCCAGUCUGCAGGAGAGUGGGCCCAGGUGUUGCAGCUCCAGAGACAGUUCCACCAGGCCCAGCUGGGCAAAUGGCAACAGAUCCUCCAAUCCUCAGUCACUCUGCUAGACCAGAUGAAACAGUCGUUGGAAAAGCUCCACCGUGGCGUCGUCACUCCAGAAGUCCAGCAGGAUCCCCCCUCGAACCCCACUUCAGAGUCUCUCACUGAGCACUGAUCCUCCAGCCAUCACCAGCCCUCAAGUGGGUAUGAAUAGACCACGGGGGAGGUAGCCAGAGGGGGAGGGUCCGGCUGGGCCAAUCAGGGAGAGCGACUCACUCUCACCUGACCCCGAAGCUCCACUCCUGCUUCUCUACUCAAAACAGACAGGAAGAGAUGUGGGGGGAGUGGGAAUUACCUGUAAGGGGACCUUCACUACCCAUAACUCCCCACGCCUCAGUUUGAGCAACCUGCAAUGGGGUUGGGGGGUGAGAGACCUUUGGGGGGACUACACUACCCAUAAUUCCCCACACCUCAGUCCAAGUUCCACCUUCCAUAGUCACCACCACCUCUCACGUCCAGACAGUUAGACUGGGAAUGUCUUCAGGACUACAGCAAUAACAUAGUCAUUACAUUACCAUAUCUCUCACAGUCAGGGCUAAAGGCUGGCCAAUUUGUAUAGUACCAUCCGCUCCUCACAUGCAACCAACCAUGCUGCUCUCCCUGAACCAUCUCCCCUGCCGGAGCAGCCAAGAGACAUUUUCAAGACAGACCAUCGACUGCAUUUCAGCAUGUGCAGCCCUGCUGCUGCACUUCAAAUGGAUAGACUCGGGGCGGCAGGGUAGCCUAGUGGUUAGAGCGUUGGACUAGUAACCGAAAGGUUGCAAGUUCGAAUCCCCGAGCUGACAAGUUACAAAUCUGUCGUUCUGCCCCUGAACAGGCAGUUAACCCACUGUUCCUAGGCUGUCAUUGAAAAUAAGAAUUUGUUCUUAACUGACUUGCCUAGUAAAAUAAAGGUAAAAAAAAUAUAUAAAAAAACAUUUCAAAUGGAUAGACUCGGGUCCAACGCAUUUCAAAUGGAUAGACUCGGGUCCAACGCAUUUCAAAUGGAUAGACUCGGGUCCAAAGCAUUUCAAAUGGAUAGACUCGGGUCCAACGCAUUUCAAAUGGAUAGACUCGGGUCCAAAGCAUUUCAAAUGGAUAGACUCGGGUCCAACGCAUUUCAAAUGGAUAGACUCGGGUCCAACGCAUUUCAAAUGGAUAGACUCGGGUCCAACGCAUUUCAAAAUGGAUAGACUCGGGUCCAACGCAUUUCAAAUGGAUAGACUCGGGUCCAACGCAUUUCAAAUGGAUAGACUCGGGUCCAACGCAUUUCAAAUGGAUAGACUCGGGUCCAACGCAUUUCAAAUGGAUAGACUCGGGUCCAACGCAUUUCAAAAUGGAUUGUCUUGACUUGGUCCGACUGCAUUUCUCAAAAUGGGCCAACCUGGAUUAACUUUGUGUUUCAAAAUGGAUGCAAAUUGGGAUCUUUCCCAGCCCUGAGAAACAGCUAUGGCUCUGUUCCCAGCUGAAGCCAGCCUAGGGGACUUAUGUGCCUCGGUGUGAGGGGUCCGCUCAGCUAAGUCCCCCUUGAGCCUCCGGAAAUGAGGGACACAUGAGGAGAGCGGGACGAGAGAGGGGAUAGAUCCAUGAGACUUUCUGUAAUCCAACCAUUUUAGUCGUUCUUCCUUUCUCUCUUUCUCUCCAUCCAUCUGGGAUCAGCAGCUUCCAUCUUAAAGGCUUGAUCUCUGACAAAGGCAGUCCGUCCUCUGGGAGAGUCAUUUCAAAACCAGACGUGAAUAAUACAAAAAGACUCCUGAACCCUCUACGAGCUCAUGUUUAUCAUUAGCUGUCUUUUUGAGGGUGACUGGGUCGUUUUGGGAAUUGAGAGAGAGCGAGCGAAGGAUGAUUGUGUGCGCCAGACCAUUACAGUAUUUAUUUUACACGACUUUGAUUUCGAAAAGUCCUGUCCCACUCUCAAUGCGAGUGAAUUUUUUUUCUCCCUUCUAUAUGCUCUGUGUUAAUACUUCAGCACGGACCAAGAAAGAGCUAUAAAGUGGAAUAUUUUAUAUUUCCUGGUCAUAGCAAUAAUGAUAUUUGGUGAUUUAUACUACCUUUUGAAUGUGUAAAAAGUAGUAUGUCACCAAAGUGUGUUUAGGGCAAAAUGAGACGAGCAAGCAAAGAUCUGGAGUUGGAGAAGAAGACGGAGAAAUCUAUGUAUUAGAAAGAAGUGUCCUCAUCGUCACAUCGUCACUGUUACAUUUGGUAUUAUUAAGAUUCGUAUGAUUAUGACUUUGUUUGUUUUUCCGCACUUGGUCAACUUCUAAUUGUAUUAUUGGAUCGGACUUGAAGUGUUUCAGGGUUACCGGCUACUCUGUAGACCAGUCUGCGUACCAAAUAGCACCCGAUUCCCUUUAUAGUGUGGUGCACUACAUAGGAAAGGAUGUGCCGUUUUGGGACGCAGACGCCGUAGACCAGGUAAACAGAGAGAUGCAAUAAACUAGUUGACUUUCUAGUGUAAACUGGACUGGAUUUAAAAAAGGACCAACCAGAAGUCUAGGCCCGGAAAAAGAUAAAGGGAAUCGAUUGCAGUACUGUGUUUGCGAGUUCAAAUUGAUAUGUUAUUCCUUUUCAUUUUAUAUCUUCAUUUUGUAGUCUAUCCUGUUUUCUUGUUUUUGUUUGUCGUAAGGUCAUCUCAUUUUAUUUUCUGCCCCCCCCCCCCUCCCCCAUCUGAUUCCCCCCUCACUGUCUAUCAUAAACCAUUUCUCUUUUCCUCAUUGUUUUCCUUUUCAUCCCCCUUCCUAUUGUCUUUCACUCUUUCUCUCUCUCUUUCCUCGUUGUGCUCCCUGCCCCCCUCUCUCCUUCAGUCUCUCGCCUGUGCAAGUGUGUGAGCCUUGCUGUGCACGGCCAAACAGUGAGUGAUCAAAGGAUGUACUAUAUUUAUUAGGGUCAGGGAGGGGGGAUGGGGGUCACGGGGAGCAAAAUGUACUGUAAAAGAUUUGAUUGUACACAAUGCCCUGGAGAGAAAUGAAAAGCUCUAAAAUAUGCAACAACUCAUCGGAGUCUUAUUUUUUUAAAGUGUGUGUGUGUCAUUUUAAGCAUUUUCAUAAAAAGUUGAACUAAAAAGUAUUUCAAAACA